AUGAUCCUUGGCGGCCGCACACCAUCUCAACUACUGCGCCACAUGCAGCGUCUUGUGGGAAGCGUUAUAGAUCUUAACAGCACGUCGCUGUGCAAGAUAUUUCUUCAGAGUCUCCCCGGCAACGUGCGCGUGGUGCUUGCUACGGUGGCUGAAAAGGAUCUCGGCAAGAUGGCCACCAUCGCUGACACCAUCAUGGCAGCGGCAAACCCCUCCGCCUCCGUCGCUAACGUGCAAGUGGCGAGUGCUUCCGCCCCCUCUUCCAACAAAUUCCUCGAGCUUUGCGAAGAGAUCGUGCGCCUCACCGAAACAGUGGCAGCUUUGCAGGCACGCACCUCGUGCCCUUUGGAGCAGCGCAGUGUACUGCCACAGCAGCUGCGAUUCCGUUGGUGCUGGUACCAGAGGAAACAUAGCGAUGCUGCACGCUGCCCUGUCAGAUGCCCUGUCACGAAGUCAUGUCAACACCUUUAG